AUUUGCAAUUGAUAAUUAUUAUUGUUGUGUUGUGUACGUAUUGUGUGUGAAGGUUACACGCGGUUCGUCGCAGCUGAAGACAACCGGCAUAAUUUUUUUUGGGUAACUUGCACGCUUUUCUACUAUGAUUUUUACACGAAAAGCAUUAAAAUUACUCAAUCAUCGACUGCAAUGCAAUCGCCGGUGCCUGCAGAGCAGCGCUCGCGGAGAUGCACCCACUGUGGAGGUGCAGUUCAGCAAUGGUCGCAACAUGACGCUCAGCUCUGGCAAAUUGGCGCGCUUUGCCAAUGGAACGGCUGUUUGCCAGAUGGGCGACACAGCUGUGAUGGUCACAGCGGUGGCCAAGGCGAAGGCGACUCCGGGCCAGAACUUCAUGCCGCUGGUGGUGGACUAUCGGCAGAAGAACGCCGCCUCGGGUCGCAUACCAAUGAAUUUUAUGCGCCGUGAAUUGGGUCCAUCGGAGCGAGAGAUUCUGUCGGCCCGCCUCAUCGAUCGCUCGUUGCGGCCACUCUUCCCCAAGGACUAUCGGAAUGAGACGCAGCUGGUGUGCAAUAUGCUCGCCAUGGAUGCAGUUCACUCGCCAGACAUUCUGGCCAUCAACGCAGCCUCGAUGGCGCUCUCAGUGAGCGAUAUACCCUGGCAUGGACCCAUUGGCGCCGUGCGCGUUGGCCUGUGCGAUGGCGAGGUGCUCAUCAAUCCAACACGCCGUGAGCUGCAAUCCUCGCAACUGGAUUUGGUCGUCUCGGCAACUAAACAAAAUCUGGUGGUGAUGCUGGAGGGCAAGGGCAACGUGGUCCUCAUGCAGGAUCUGCUCAAGGCCAUCAAGCAGGGAACGCGUGAGGCGCAGUUCAUCAUACACGAAAUUGAACGCCUACAAAAAUCGUAUGGCCGACAAAAGAGGGAUGUGGAUGCAUUGCCCGAAUCGGAGCCGGAACUGGUGCAGGCUGUGAGGAGUAUGUGUGAGAUGCGAUUGCGUGAGAUCUUUCAGGAUGCACAGCACGACAAGAUCUCGCGUGACACCGCCGUCAACGAGGUGCGUGCGAAUGUCCUGGACAAGGUGUGGUCCUCCUAUCCAGACGCAGAACCCGCCACAAUUGGUGAGGAGUUCAACAAGGCGUGUCGCAGCAUAUUCCGGGAGCUAAUCUUCGAGAGCAAUCGUCGCUGUGAUGGCCGGGACUACGACAGUCUGAGGAAUAUCAACUGCCAGGUGGAUAUGUAUAAACCGCUCCAUGGAUCGGCGCUGUUCCAACGUGGUCAGACGCAAGUCUUUUGCACGGUCAGCUUGGAUUCGCAGGAGAGCGCCAUGAAGCUGGACACGUUGGCGGCGCUGGAAAGCGGCGGCCUAAAGGCCAAAAACUUUAUGCUCCACUACGAGUUCCCGCCGUACGCCACUGGAGAGGUGGGUCGCAUUGGGCCACUGGGCCGCCGCGAGUUGGGUCAUGGAGCGCUGGCCGAGCGUGGGCUGCUUCCCACCUUGCCACACGAUUAUCCGUUCACGGUUCGCUUGACUUCCGAGGUGCUGGAGUCGAAUGGAUCCAGCAGCAUGGCCAGCGUUUGUGGUGGCUCCUUGGCACUCAUGGAUGCAGGUGUGCCCAUUAUAGCGCCAGCUGCCGGCGUUGCCAUUGGCCUCGUCACCAAGUACGAGAAUGAGGAUACCAAACAUCUGCAGGAUUAUCGCAUUCUCACUGACAUUCUUGGCAUUGAGGAUUAUAUGGGUGAUAUGGACAUGAAGGUGGCGGGCACGCGAAAAGGUUUCACUGCCAUCCAAGCGGAUCUCAAAAUACCGGGCAUACCGCUCAAGGUCGUCAUGGAGUCGCUGCAAAAGGCCACCGAUGCCAAGGCUAAAAUAUUGGACAUCAUGGCCGAUACCAUCAGGGAACCCCGCACGUACCGCAAGGAAUGCUGGCCCGUCAGCGAAACUCUGAGCGUGGAGCCGCAUCAGCGAGCCCAGCUCAUCGGGCCAAGUGGUCUGCACAUGAAGCGCAUCUAUUUGGAGACGGGCACCACUCUAACCGCUGCCGAUGACAAUAGUUUCACAAUCUUUGCACCCUCGCAAGCGGCGCUCGACGAGGCCAAGGAGCUCAUCGAUGGCUAUAUGCUGAAGGAGCGUGUGCCGCAACUGGAAUUCGGUGGCAUCUAUACGGCGAAGAUAACCGAGCUGCGGGAUACGGGCGUUAUGGUCAUACUGUAUCCGAGUAUGCCGCCAGCGCUGUUGCACAAUUCACAGUUGGAUCAGCGCAAGAUUGCGCAUCCGUCGGCGCUGGGAUUGGAGGUGGGCCAGGAGCUGCAAGUGAAGUACUUUGGACGUGAUCCCGUCUCCGGUUUCAUGCGUCUCUCACGCAAGGUGCUGCAGGGCCCGGCGCUGGGAAUUGCACGCAGUCUGAAUAAAGCGGAGGACACAUCCUGAUUAAACCAAUGCGUGAUGUGGAUCAAUUGUUGUACAGUUAACCGUUUGUUUUGUUGUUAUGCAACUAUAUUUUAAGUUCUAAAUUGUUGUAGGUAUGUACAUUAAAUGAGAGAAAUCAAGCUAAUUGUGAAUUACCAUGUAAAAAAUAGUUAUUUUCAAAAAAUACAUUUUGUAUGUAAAGUU